GUUGGCACACAUGAGUGUGCUCAAGCGAAAGCGCGGGGUCGGGGCCAAGGACACACCCAUUGACGUGGACGAGGAAGAGGAGGUAGAUACCCCGUCGGUGGCCGACCCGUAUGGAUGCUUAUUGCAUGCAUGUACGUUGGAAGACCAUCAUCCCGUGAACGCACCGAAGAAGAGCAGUGGAACGCCGACAAAGAAGCCUCGAGCGGCGCGGCAAAAGCCCAACUGCCACGACAACCCAAACUGUUUGUUUGGGUUUGGCGAGUAUGCAGAUGGCAACUGGAAGUCGACUCCUUCGGCACUGGUUGACAUCGGUCCGGAUCCAUCCGAUAUGCUCCGAACGCAUUUGGACGACGAUACAAGCAUCCAUAACAACGGCAAUGCCGCUUCCCGUCCAUGUGGUCUACGCAACUUGGGCGCGACAUGCUACGUGAACAGCAUGGUGCAAUGCCUGUUCAUGAACUUGUCAUUCCGUCGCGCGGUGCAUGAAUGGGAACCCAAGGAGACCCAGCGUGUGAGUCCGGUGCUACUCGCGCAGAUGCAAGCGCUGCAGCGACUGUUUGCGCACAUGCAGCUCGGUAUUCAGUCGUACGCCGACCCCCAGGAGUUUGCAUCGACGUUGGAGUUGAACAACGUUGUCCAGCAAGAUGCCCAUGAAUUCACCAAGCUACUGCUCACGCACUUGCAGUACAUUUUCGUCUACUCCAAGCAUCGCGCACACUGGAACCACAUCGACAGCCAUUUCCGAGGCAGCAUGCAUUACGUGACGACCUGUGGAAGGUGCAACGCGCGGUCCUCGCGCAGCAGCUCGUUCUUUGAGCUGUCGCUCAACAUCAAAGGCCAUAGCUCUAUCCACAGUUCGUUCCAGUCGUACUUGGCGCCCGAAGUUCUAGACGGCGAUAAUCAAUACUACUGUGAAACGUGUCAAGCCAAGCAGAACGCGACGCGGCACAUCGAGAUCGAAGAGUCGACGCUGCCGCCGACGCUCAUGCUGCACCUGAUGCGAUUUGUGUACGAUGUCAAGACAUGCACGAAGAAGAAGGUGCAGGAUGCAGUGGAGAUUCCGGCGGAGAUUUGCAUGCGGGACCUGCUUCCGUCGUCGAAAGUCUCGUACCGACUCGUGGGGAUGCUCAAUCACCGCGGGACCACGGCGUCCGCCGGCCAUUAUACGGCGCAUAUCUUUGAACCGUCUACCGCCGCCUGGUACUUGUUUGAUGACACGCAAGUGGACCCGAUCCGGCGACCGCCGGCGUCGUUCCUGGCGGCCUCCAAGGAAGCAUACAUGCUCAUCUACUCCCGAGUCCCCCGCGCCCAGGACAAGCCAAAACCCGACGCCGCGAUGCCGAGUCCAGUGCGCGUCGCUGAAGUCCAAGCCGCGAAUGCCGCGCUACAACAGAACGUGACCGCGUACGCUGCUCGGGUGGUCGACCUCACGGAAGCCAUUGCAGUGCGCAAGGCCAAGUACGAGUACCACAUGGAAACGCCUUUGGGAAAUGCAGCCAAGUUUUACUGGAUCGACGCGAGUGUGUUGAAGGCGUGGGUUCUGGGCGAUGACAUUGGGCACAGUGUCGCAGCAACUACCUCCGAAACGACCGAGUAUGUGUGCCCCCACAACAAGCUCCGGCCAGACAAGAGCCGCCAACUCAAGCGCGUGUCGGAGCAACUGUACCGGGAGUUGUGCAGCGUCGUCCACGCGGGGCCGUCGGUCGUGUUGUCGUCGGAAAACUACUGGUGCGACGAGUGUGUGGAAACCAGUGCGAGUGCGUCGAUAGUGUCCCAGUGUACCCACGACCGGCUAAAGCGCAACUUGGCGUUGCUGGCCAAGGACUCGGAUGACCAGUUUGUCAUUAGUCGCAAGUGGAUUUCAUGUUGGAAGGUAUGUGUGCACCACGCGCUCGGCCUCAAGCAGCCGCCGUCGAAAGUGCUUGAAGCGCAAGACUGGCUCGCAUCCACAGCUAUUAACGAGGACCUUCAAUGCGACCACGGCAACCUCCAGCCCAAGCUCAAGAAGCAGGUCCGGUCCAUUUCGGCUGCGCUCUGGGCGGAACUCGCGGCAGAGUACUCUGUGAGCGCCGUGUUUCCCACCCAGUCGACGGUCGAGUGUCCCGAUUGUGUCGCAGACGCAUCCACGCAGCAAGUGGCUCACACCCACGCCAAGAACGAGCGCAACCAGCUCCUGUCCGACUACCCGGCGCUGUUUCGCCUGUACAAGCGGCCGCUCGAUCGAGUCGACUGGGUGGCUGCUAACGAGCCGGUGGUGUUGAUGUCGUCGGCGUGGCUCCACGAGUGGAAGCAGUACAUUGACGACGUGGCAGAGGACGCUCCGUCAGACAUUUCCAGUCUAGCGCGAUGUGACCACGGCAAGUACGCCGUGCCAAGUUGGAUUUUAGAGCAGAUGGUCGACCCUAUCCGUCGACUGAAAUGGCCCGACCAACUACAACAUGGCGACGACGAAGUCAAGAAGAUGGAUAUGGCGAUGGUUUCUGCGGAUGAAUGGGCCGACCUCUGCCUCGUAUACAAGGCGGCGUCGAGCGCUCCGUUGAGCUUUGUCAUGACGGAAAGCCAAGGGGGGGGGCAAUGGGGCGUGCUGGACGACAAGCAUGGGUUUGUGAACCAACCAGACAUUCGAUGCCAACUGUGUGAACUCAAGCUUGAAACGGCCAAGGUAGCGUUGUCUGUGGACUUUCAAAACCAGCCCGUGACCGUGGUCGUGCUGCGCGAAGAAGAGGCGAUUCCGUCGACGAGCAAACAAGGGGGCGACGACGAGGACGAGUUGGAGAGCAGGGCGGCGGCGCAGCGGCGGCGGCGGUCGAGUCGCAGUACCCGCCGGACCAACCCGACGUACCGUGUCACAUGCAGCGCCGAUGACACGGUGUCACUGCUCAAGCAUCGCAUCUUGGAGCAGUGUGAGACGGCGCCGAGCCACCAGUUGCUUUACUUUGGCGGCACCUUGCUCGACAACGCGACGUCGUUGAAACAUGCUGGAAUUCAAGCCCACGACGUGGUCUACUUGAAGGCAUUGACGGACGAAACCCCAUCCGAGGUGCUGGACCUUGUCACACAUGACGGAGAAGACGACAGCCAAGUCGGCUUUCGACACUCGGCCAUGUCCAGACGCGGCGACACGGCUACGUCGUCGUGGGUGUGCGACGCCUGCACAUUUGUCAACGAGUCGCCGCUCCAUCGGCUUGCCGUGUGUGAAAUUUGCCACUCGGGUGUGUGACGUGGUUGUGUCCUGCACCUAUGAUCACUAGGAACAUAACUAUGUUAUGAUUGUACCUGUGACAAGGGGGGAGGGAUGUGGUGGAUGGUGGUGGUUGACUUGUCUAUGACGACGGGCAAACGAAUAUAUAGUAGUACUAAAUAACUUAGUACAAAAUAGUAUUGUGCAUUUCACCCAAA